AUGAAGGCUGUCCUCCUCACCCUGCUGGCCAUUGGUUUGGCCCUGCGGCCAGGCACCACCCUGCAGUGCUUCUCCUGCAAGGCCCAGGUGAGCAACCACGAUUGCCAGCAUGUGCAGAACUGCACCAGCUCCGAGACCUAGUGCUGGACCGAGCGUAACCGUGCUGUUGGCAUCGUGACAGCCAUUAGCAAGGGCUGCCGCUCACACUGUGUGGAGGACUCGCGGAACUACUACACGGGAUCGCGGAACUACUACACGGACAAGAAGAACAUCACGUGUUGCUCCACUGACCCGUGCAACGCCAACAGGGCCCACGCCCUGCAGCCAGCUGCUGUCACACUCACACUGCUCACCGCUCCCGGUGGCCUGCUGCUCCGGGGCCCCAGCAGGCUGUAG